AUGCUCGCGCAUGGUGCAGCAGCGCUGUGGGUGUGUCAGUGUGGCUUUCGCAACCGCGACUCCAAUGUCGUUUGUGGUGGUUUUGGCAAGCUCGGUUGCAAGAAGCCCCGGCCGCAACAGGAGGACUUGCCACAACAUCCGGGCCUGAGUUUGCAGGCUGCUGUGCUUACUGAGACACCUGCCAGUCCUGCCAGUCCAGCACUCGAUGUCUCGCCACCAGAUGAUCUUGAGCUGAAGUUACUCAGCCUUUUACAGAGAGAGCCGGAGUCGCCGCCGCCUUUGGACGCCACACACGCGACAGACACGGCAGACUGCCAGAUUCCUGGAAACGCAGCUGCACAAUCGCUCCCCUCCCAAAGUACACAGGAGAUGCUGGAAUGGACGUGUCAAUGUGGAUUCCGGAAUCGUGCGUCAAACGCAGUUUGUGGGGGCACUGGACGUCUUGGUUGCGGCUUGCCGGGGCCGCGAAGCUUUCAAACACCUGGCACUUCCUCCGGCUCGAACUCUUCAAAGCCGCAGCCCGCGAAGAUUCAAGCCUCGCCGGCUCAAGCGGAAGCCACUGCCAAGGAGGAGCCGGAGAAAGUCCUCGCUGGCUCGGGAUUGCAGACCACUUCGACUGUGCCCGGUGGAGCCUGGGUCUGCACCAGUUGCGGGUGGAGAAAUCAGGCAUGCAACGAGGUGUGUGGUGGUGUUGGUCGCCUCGGGUGCAAAGCUCCACGGAGUGGACGUGCAGAGGAGCCCGACAUUGUGCCAGUGCAGGAGAAAUGGACCUGCCAAGCUUGCGGAGCCGAGAACGACGCGGAGCAAAUUACAGCCUGUUCUUCCUGCAGCAUACCACGGCGCCUCAAUGGAGUGGUGAAAUCAAUAGGAGGUGACUAUGGGUUCAUCUCCUGUCCACAGACAGCAUCUGCUUUUGGACGUGAUGUGUACGUCAGCAAGCAGGUCCUUGAUGCUGCCUUUCGCAAAGGCAGAGGUGCAAGCAGUGGUGUGUCAGUGAGUUUCAUCGUUUGGCUGAACGAAAGUGGGCAGCCAAAUGCAAGCAAGGUGGUUCCUGUCGAUGGUGGCAGUGUGCACGAGGACAUGGAGUUUCACGGCACCGUCAAGUACAUGUCGAAGGAGAAGGGCUAUGGUUUCAUCGAGUGCAAGGAGACUUUCGAUCUCUUUAGCUCUGACGUGUAUGCUGAUCUCCCAGUGCUGAACGACUGCUCGCUGGGUCAGCCCGUGAAUUUUGGCAUCAGGUUGGGACAGAUUGGCGGACGCCCGCAGGUUCGCAACCUUUCAACUGCUGGCCCACCACCUGAGCACCUACCAGCAACCUGCAGUUCUUUGGCAAAGGAAGUGCUAUCCACAGCUUGGGCAGGGCCAGUCUUGCUCUUGGGGGAAGGUGACUUCACGUUUGCUGCUGCAGCGGCCACCAUCCACACAGAAUCCAAGCUGGAUGCCACAGUUGUGCUGGAGGAAGAUCUGUGGCAGGAACGCUUCCCGAAUCACCACAAGGUUGUGGAUGCACUCAAGGAGUUGGGACACAGCAUUCGUUUCGGCGUGGACGCCAAACAGGUCGACUGUGCAAACUAUUCGAUGAUCGUCUUCAACUUCCCAGCAGUGUCAGCACAAGAAGCCCCGCGCGAUGAUGGUGGAAAGCUGUCAGCGAGUGGAGAACUAGCCUUUGGGUUCCUGAUGAAUGCCAGGGCCUCUGCAGACAUUGGGACGCUGCUGGUCCUUGGUUUAUGGGGCCGUUGUGAUGGUGGCGCAGACCCCCGGCUGUAUGGCCAGGACUGCCAUGAGCUUGUGGCAGCAGCUCUGACAAGGGAUGGUGAGAGGUGUUUGGAGGAUGCAUUGCCUGGUGGCUAUUUGCGAUCUGGUGUGUAUGCUGAUUACGGCUUCUACCACGCUUAUGAGCAGGAGGGCUACUCCUUCCGCACCAACUGCAUCGCUUCCUUUGAGAGCUCCCACAAGGAGUGGCACUUGCAGGCAUGUUUCCUUCUCCGGGUUGUGGCAGCUGCGGCGACAGAUGGGGAAAAAGGCUGUGUGAGCUUGCCUUAUGUGGCUCGUGGCGCUUGCAACCAGCUUGGUUUCGACCUCUCCACAGAAGCACGGCUAGAGAAGCUGGUCGAAGAGACUCGGCCCAUUCGGCGAGGUGUCUCCGAAAGCGAGCUAAAGCUUCGGAGACAAGGCGGCCCCAAAGACUGGGCCAAAGACGCCAGUGCCGCUGAAGAUGGCGAAGGUGGAGAACUCGGAAAACUCACAAGUUCUGAACCAGUCCAGUUGAGAAGUGUGGCAGCCAAAGAUGUUGUCGAUGCAACACCAGAGACGCGGCCCCCCUCUCGAACAGUUUCGCCAACACAGCCUGCGCGCCAUCACGCGGUGAAUGGAAUUUGGUUUGUUGUGGUCUGCUUCAUCAUACUCGAUGCCCUGAAACCUAUUCUGGUGACUUGGGCGAACCAGUCUCAUGCGGACGGCGAGCCCGGAUUCAUUCGGGGUACUUUCGUGCUGGUUCAGACAGCACUCUCGCUGCUCGUGGGCCUCUGUAUCGCCGUACGGCCGUCCCUUUCUUUAUCUCGACCUUAUUUCAGGCUUCAUCCUCUCUGGCGCCCAAGAUUGCGAAGAUGCCUUAACAUGAAGGUUGUGGUGUGGCAGCUGCCGGUGUCGGUUUGCCUUUGCUUGAGCAAACUGCUGCUAGUUUAUGCGCUCGGUCGUCUAGAUUCAUUUGUAGCAUCAUUGAUACCUGGCAAACCCGGAGAACAAAGGGUGUCGUUCCGCCGCAGCAGAUUUCCUCGCAAACACGCCAUCGGCAUCCAACACUCCUUGCUGUUCGCACUGAGAUUCGGUCAUGCAGCCCUGUGA